UCGAAACACAAGUAUUUGUUUAACUUAACUAAACUAUCACUAAAGUGCAUAAAGUUUUUUCAAAUCCACGAACGAGUAGGCUUCAGCAAUCCAAAGAUUGGGCUAUUAAUCAUUUUUGUGCAUAAACUAAUUUCUGUGUAAUUCUGUGGAUGCCACUAGCAUCAACAUUCCAAUAGAUCUAAGUUGGAGAAGCCAUUUUCAUAACAUUAACACCAGAGUACAUGAUGAAGUGUCUACUGCUUCUGGCUUUUGUGGCUUCGUGUCAGGGUCUGGCUCUCCAGAUAACCAAGAGCCUUCCUCGACCCGAUCUUCUGGUGCUGACGGCCCUGGACCCUCCAUCUUUGGAAGUUGAGUGGGCACCUGUGAAGCAUGAUGAUCUGAGUGAACCUAUCUUGGGAUAUAAGGUCAAGGUUUGGGAGCUACCGCCUGUGAAAACCUACAAAUAUGAGGUCGUAGGUGGAGUGAAAACACUCGUUCAAGAAGAGAUACCUCCUAAAAUCAGUGAUGCCGACACACCUCCAGAAAAAGACGGCAGGGAGAUCGUAGUUCACGGACCACAGGCCUCUAAAACUAAGGUCCCUAGCAUCAAACUAAACGUUAUUUAUGAGGUACGCGUCCGUGCGUUCUCAGCGCGUCGAGACGGUCCGUUAUCUACGCACAUGCGCGUUCAGCUGAUGGAUGAUAAGAAGAAGGAAAACGACAUUGGCAAUGAAGUUUACCACUUUGUGUAGGAUUCAUGUAGUAAAUUAAACAAUAUAUUUACUUAAAGUA